AUGACUACAAUCUAUGUUAUAACACCGACAUACGCCAGAGCAACUCAAAAAGCGGACUUAAUUCGGCUUUCACAAACAUUACAACAUAUCACUGACGUCCAUUGGAUAGUAGUUGAGGAUGCAAAUGCAACUUCGAAAUUAGUGACCAAUGUGCUAAAACGCAGCAAAUUACUUUACACACAGCUCAGCAUUCGUACACCAGCUUUCUUAUUACGUCAGAAAAAAGAACCCAAAUGGAAAAAACCUCGAGGGGUUGCUCAGAGAAAUCGUGCCUUAUUAUGGCUACGUGAAAAUAUACAACUAAAAAAAUCGAAUGGAGUUGUCUAUUUUGCUGAUGAUGACAAUACUUAUGAUAAAGACUUAUUCAAUAAGUUUCGAAAUACCAAGCGAGUGAGCGUAUGGCCUGUUGGACUUGUAGGGGGAUUACGAUUCGAAGGGCCUCGCUGCAACAACGGCAAAAUUACUGGAUGGCGGGUUGUUUUCGAUCCUAAUAGGCCCUUUCCAUUUGAUAUGGCUGGAUUUGCUAUCAACUUGGAAUUGAUACUAGAAAAUUAUCAAGCACACUUUAGCUCAUCCGUUGCACCGGGUUAUUUAGAAUCGUCAUUACUAUCAUCUUUAGUACAGGACAAAACUCAACUAGAGACAAUAACGCCUAAUUGUAGAGAAAUAUUAGUGUGGCAUACGACAACCGCUCGUGCUCAUUUAAACCGCGAGCCUUACGUUAAAGCUGCUAAAACAUUAGAAGACGAUAAAGUAGAAGUUUAA